AUGAUCAAAGAGUUUUACAAAGACAAGGUUAUACUUAUCACAGGAACCACUGGCUUCCUUGGCAAGGUAGUCUUAGAAAAGUUUUUCAGGUCUCUAAGCGACUUCAAGAGGAUAUAUCUACUUGUGAGACCUAAGAAAGGCACUAAGCCAAUGGACAGGAUAAAUAGGGAAAUCUUGCAGAGCUAAUGCUUUGACAAUGUGAGAGGCUUGCCUUAAUUUGAUAGUAUAGUAAAGAACAAGAUCGUUCCUAUUGAGGGGGACAUUACCAAAGAGAACCUAGCUAUUAAUCCGAAAGAUAGAGAGAUUCUUAUCAAUGAUCUAGAUAUUGUUAUCAAUUGUGCAGCAUCAGUUGACUUUAAUGAGCGUUUAUGUGACGCAAUUCAGAUCAACUACUUCGGAUGUCUGAGAAUGUAUCAAUUAGCUGAAGAAUGUAAAAAUCUUAAAGUUUUCUGCCAUGUUUCCACCUGCUAUGUCAAUAGUGAAAAAAAGGGAUUCAUUAAGGAAUAGAUAUAUGAUAUAAAUGAAGAUUCAGAAGAGUUAAUAAAUAGAAUACUCAGAAUGACUCCAUAACAGCAGGAUGAGCAGCUUGCUUAGAUAUUAGGACCCUGGCCGAAUACCUAUACCUUCACCAAGUCUAUGGGUGAGAGAACUCUUAAGAAAAUGAGAAGACCUGACAUUCCAGUCGUCUUGUUGAGGCCUUCAAUCAUCGGAGCUUCGCUUUAAGAGCCGAUGCAAGGUUGGACUGAUACUUUCUCUGCAGCAGGAGGAUUAACUCUUGCGGGAAGCUUGGGUAUUGUCAAUUACAUCAGAGGUGACGGCGAUUACAUCUCAGAUCUGGUCCCAGUUGACUAUGUCUCCAAUUGCAUCAUAGUAGCUACAGCAAUACAAGCCCAAACAAAAAAGCCAGAUCUCUUAGUAGUUCAUAGUGCCACAAGUCAUAAUAAUCCAAUUACAUGGCACUAGUAUAUGAAUGAGUGCUUCAAAUAUCUAACGAUGCAGCCAUUCUAAUAGCAGGUAUUCAAGCCUUAUAUUAAGUUCGUUGCAAACAAGAAACUCUAUAAUGCUCUGUUUUUCCUCAGGAACGAUCUUCCAGUAAGAGUCUUAAACAAGAUUGCAAUGAUCCCAGGCAUUGGUGGACCACAAAUGCAGAAAAAUGCUUAGAAACUGCAAAAGAUAAAUAUGAGAGCACUUUCCCUAGGCAGUAUGUUUGAGCACUUCACUAACAACGAAUGGAUCUAUGAGUCCAACUAGAUAUAUAACUUGCAGGCUUAAAUGAGUCAAGACGAGAUCAAGGAAUUCCAAUUUGAUGCUAAGACUAUAGACUGGCCUCUUUAUGUUAAGAUAUACGUCUAUGGAAUGCAAAAGUUCAUCUUGAAGGAAGAAGUCAUUUGUCCAACUCAAGAGAAGGCUCCAAUUAUCCCCAAGAAUAACUUCACAUACUUUGAGGAUAUCAAAUUCGCUUUCUUAAAUGGCCAAACAAUCUCGCAUUCCGACCCUAAUAGACUUAGAUACGAUACCUUGAAUAGUAAUUACGUCCAAGAUUACAUUUAUUCUGCUCUUAAUAAUGACAAAGGGGCUUCAGGAAAGCCAUUAGAUUUGGUGCCAAAGACAUACGAUUCAUAUAUGAAGCAGGCAGCAGGCUACCUCGGUGAGAUGCAAGCAGUGAUCAGGCCGUCAGCUGUAAGACCUAUGCUGUGGCUACUGAGUAAGAUCUGGUAGCGAAUCUAUGACUAGAUCAUAGUGAACGAGAGUGGCUUGAACAACUUGAAAUAGCUAUUGCAGAAAAAGGAUUAGGGCGUAAUCCUAGUGCCUACUCACAAGUCCUUCAUAGACUUCCUUCUUGUGGCCUACAUUCACUACCACUACCAAAUGGACUUACCAUUCACAUGUGGAGAGGAACAGCUCUUCAAGAUUGCCUUAAUUAAGUUCUUCCUCAGAUCAGGAGGCGGGUUCUUUCAAAACGAAAAGCUCAAGAAUGACAAACUUUUCGCUGCAGUAAUGUCUGGCUACAUUCAAGCAUUAAUGGGGUAGAACUGCGCCAUCCAGAUAUUCCUAGAGAAGAAAAGAAGCAGAAGUGGCAAGAUUUAAAGGCCAAAUGAAGACUUGUUCGAUCAGAUCCUUGAGAAUUACUUCAUCAAAAAUAAGAGCAAGGAUAACUUAAAAGACUUGAAGUUUGUGCCAAUCACUAUCAACUACGAUAUAGUCUAUGAUGGAGAGCAAUUCCCUAUGGAGCUUCUUGGAGAAUCUAAAGUAGAGGAAUCAUUCAUCAGAGUACUCAAGCAGUUCUCCAACUUGAAUAAGAACAUUGGCAAAGUAGUGGUUAAGUACUGUGAGCCAGUUUCACUUGAAGAAUAUACAGCAAGAUACCUCCAAUCCAAUAAAAUCACCAAAGACACGCUAAUUAAAAGUGAAGAACAAAUGAAGCAUUUCAUAACUAAUUUUGGACAAAAGCUCUGUCAAAAUUAGACAGACAACCUCGUUAUCAUGAUUACCUCUCUUACUGCUAGCAUCUUGCUCAUGCACCGCAAGGGCAUUAGCUAUGACCAACUACUUCAAAAGUCUGAGUGGCUUUUCUAAGAAGUUCAAGCUAGAAAUGCUGAGCUCUCAUUCAACUCAAGUCCAUCAAGCACAAUGAUAUCAACUUCUCUCGGGUAUCUAGGCAAGUUCAUUGACCAGAAGAGAAAUGUGUUUGAGCCAUCAGUCUCAGCCAAGAAGGACUACAAGAACAUAGUCAUGCUCUCCUACUAUAGAAAUAACCUCACUCACUUAUUUAUCAAUGACUCCGAGAUUGCUUGCUGUAUCUUUGGAUUCGGCUCAAUUCUAGAUCUAUCAAAGAAUGAAAUAAAGGUAGACGAGUUAGAGUAGAAGUACAAGUACCUACAAGACCUUCUUUCAGAGGAGUUUGUGAUAAGAAAGACCAACAAGACCAAGGAUAACUUUUUGAAGAAUCUCGAGUUUAUGGAAUCAAGAAGACUAUUCACUUAUGAUAAAACUAAUCAAACUCUGAAGAUGCAACUUCAAGACUCCAAGCAGCAAUAUGGCCACUCAUUCUUGUGUCACAUGCUUUUACCAUACAUUGAAAGCUACUGGCUAACCUUCAUAUACUUUAUCUCAUUAGACAACAGACAGGCCUAGAUUGAGGAGAAUUCCCUUUACAACAAGAUUUAAUGGCUUGCUGAGGCACUUUAUGAUUAAGGUCAUGUUAAGUUCUAUGAGUCUUGUAUGCUAGAGUCAAUGAGAAAUGCAGUCAAGAGAUAUACUCAAAUGGGAGUUCUGACUCAGAGAACCAUAAUCAAGAAGAGACAAGAGACAUACACCUACUCACUGAGUGAAAAGUAUCAGGACGAAGCCAACAUCGAGGAGUUCUAUGAGGAGCUAGUAUUCUACUUGCCUUACCCUUCCUCAGUCAACCUGCCUAAAAUCUAAAAUGAGAUUAGAAAGAUCAUGAUGUCAGAUAUUCAACUGCUACCUAAGCUCUGA